GUGACUUCAUUGACGGUAACUUGACGCGUAUAUUUUCUGUUCCCUGGGGCCACAGUGUUUUCAACGGGACUCAACUUACAAUUUACUGGACUCACUAUGGCCGCUUGACCCAAGCUGAAAUACCCUCUUUCUGUUUUUGUUUGUUCGAAACUUUUACACAGACUUCUUUCUAGAUAAACUUUUGUCUUUUGUAGUUUUUAUGUCAAGAAACAAGGAUGCAACCCCCACCGAGAAAGGUGAGUUUUUGCCGUUGUAGCCGUUACUCGUCUGGAAACGUUCUCGAGCGAAGUGGUGCAUAUUUAAUGGUUGGAAAUGUACGCUUUGUUGCUGGUCGGUUGGUUCAAACGUUAAACCUACGACUUCUGUUUGGUAAAAAAAAACUACAAGUAGACCGUUAAAAAGUUUAAAGUCCCUUUGUGUUACUUUAAAUAUCAGCGGAGGAAGAAAAGUUUGGAAAAAAGGUUCCAUGUGCUGCCUCUUUUAGGGGAGAAUAGCCCGUUAACGUGCCCCGCUCCCUCUCGAACGGGGGACACCUUCAAACCAAAGGCAUUUAAAUUUUACGGUGUACUUUGUUUUACGAAAUGGACCCUCAAAAAUAGCUUUGUUUAAUGAAAUUGUGCGGCCUAAGCGUUGUUAGUUUGGCUUAGUUGUGAUUUACACAGCCAAUCUUAAGUUCAAGUAAAUUUCAGUUCGAUUUUCCUCUGGUCCCACUGCCAUCCGCAGACAGUCCAGUUGAGUGAAGCAAGAAAGCUGUAAGUAAGAAUACUCAUAAAUGAAGUGGAGUUUGCCUUCUUUUCCCAUGCCGAUUUUCAAAAUGGAGCCACAUUUCUUUGGUAAAGUUUCAAGUUGAGCCAUGUCUUGGAUUUAAGCACGCCUGGAGCUUUGAAACAGUAAAGUGACAGAUUUUUGUUUGGUUUUUGGUGCAGUUUUGUUGGGCGAAGUCUCGGGGGUAAACAGUGUAAAACAAUCCCUAUCGUCUAAAGUUUAUCAACUUUAUUCAUAACAUCAUUUUAAACUGUAUAUCAAAGUUUUAAGUGUUAGUUGUUAAAAUUAGAGUAAAAAACUUCAAUUCUUGCACAGUCUGGUUCGGUGUAAAAAAUGUUCAUGAGGAUCAUAUUUCAAAAACAUUGCUCAGCAGCAGCACAGAACAUUGACCACUUCUCCCCCGGUACAUUUUUACUGCUUUGUGUGUUCCGACACGUCGAUGUUUUCGUGAUUUUCUCAGCCGCAAAUCUUUUAGUUUGAUCAAAGAAUUAUUGAUAUUAGAUACACAAACCUGCCAUGACAUUAUGAACACCUGGGCGGUCUGACUCAAACCAGUAAAACGCAUAUUCUACUCUCAAGAAGCUUCUGCAUUUGACAUGAUCAGACAGGUGGUUAUAAUUCUUCAAGUUUAUUAUUGAAGAAAUAGUGAGUGAGUGGAAAGGUGUUCUUCCUUAUAUUUUGUCCACUUCACUAACAUAGAGGAAGCAAAAUAUAGGAAGCACUUUUUAGUAUAAUACACUCUACCAACACCUGAUACAACUUUAACAAUUAUCACCCUCAACAACAAGAAUUGAAAAUGCAGAUGUUUUAUGGAAUACCGAAUAUUAUGACUAGUCAGUGAAUAUGUCUUACAUUUUGAUUUUCCACCAUUGAAGGCAAAGUAAUGUAAUGUGGCCUUAUGCCCCAACCGGGACAAAGAGGAUAAGUAAUAAGUAAUAUGACCCAAAUGUUAAAGUGAAAAUGCUGUUGAUAGAGUUGCUGAACCUCUACUUUAUCUCAGAUACUAAUUUUGUCAGUUUUCCUGUUUACAAUACAUUCCAGUUAUCAGGAAUGGGAUCAGGUCACUGCACUUCCUAAUUCCCUUCAUAGUCCAUGGAGAUCCCAAGGAAACUGACUUUUGCUCUGAUUACCUCUACCUGUGAUAUACGGGAAUUUUGUGUUUUGACAAAGCCCUGUAUAGCCACUAAAGAUGUGAAAAUAAAUUUAACACUUUCUGAGGCAAACAUGAACAUGUGUGAAGCUUUCUUACUUCUCUUUAAGCUUGUGUAUGAGAAGUUUACUAGCUGUACUGUUAAUAAGGACUAAAAAUAAACAAUAAAUUUGUCCUACUGGGUAUAAUCUGUACAGCUCAUCCUCAUAUUUUGCGCUCAUCUCUGCCAAACACAUCUAUAAGCCAUGCCUUAGAUCAAACUUCAAAAGCGUAAAUUCAGAGGUGUCUCACGAUCUUCCUAUUCUUUGGUAAAUAAUUAAAAAAGAAAAAAUCAUACUUUUGUGAAGUUAAAAUGAAACAGUGUUCGAUCCUAACACUUGGAAACUGAAUCAAAUGUCAUUUAUUAUCAAGAUAGUUCCAGAUAAAUGUUCACAGCCGCCUUGUUGAUAUCCUAGUUCUCCUUUUGACAACACUUCCAGUUAUAGGUAAUGACAUCUGAUCUGACCCCUGCACUUCUUGAUUUAUGUAACACCAAAUUAGAGACCCAGCAUGAUGAUGAGUGCAGAUAGUUUUCACUCACACUGAUUGCAACUUCAGCUGAAACAACAUGCCUGCCUCCCAUUAGUGUACACAUGACAUUUUCCCCCUUUUUUUCCUAAUGCCAUAAAGUGAACAAAGCAUUUCUGUGUGGCUGUAUGAGCUGAAGGAAAGAGUCAUUUACCCUCCAGAUUCUUCCUAAUAAUCCAGUCUUUCCUUCCUGACAGGUCCGGGUCACCCAGGAGCUGAAACACACUCAUGCAGAGCAGAUGAGCAGAUUACACAUCAAACACCAGACAGAGUGUGACCUGUUGGAAGACCUGAGGUGAGCUUUCGAGUCAAACUGUAGACAUGCUGGAUUACUGAGAAGUGUAUUUACAGAAAUAGAAGACAAAACAAAGGCCUUUAAAAGAGAAUUGCCUUAUUGGAUCUCAUUUUAGAAGAAGAGAUGUGACUGUCAAAGUGAGUGAAGCUGAUAAGGAUCAAGGCAGCACUCCUGAUUGUACUGGUUUGUAACCCAAGGCUCUGAGAAUCAUUUUUAAAUGCAACGUAACACCAAUUAUUGACGCAGUGGUAAGAUAAUAUUAUGAUAUGGUACUGUCAUAGGUUGACAUGAUAAUUUUAGUAUUAUUCAUUCACAUUUCACAAGAUUGCAAUGUAUCAAAUCCCUUUUGAAUCACUUCAUUCAAUCCCAUUAUAUUGUGCUGGAAGUGUAUACAAGUUGCUGGUGUUAUUGUAAUGUUUUACACCAGAGAGUUUACAAUAUAAUAUUCAGUAUUUGCUUCAGACAUGCUAAGCUGAAUAGUAAUUGAAGCCUUGAGAGGACUUUUCACUUUCAUGGACUUGUUGCUGCUGUGCUGCACUUAUUAUUAUUUUGUGCAAGGGCCACUAUGCUGUUGAGUAAAAUCGAUGCAUUUGCAUUUUAUUCCCUACUAACUUAAUGUUUCACAAAGUAACUUGACAGUAACACAUUAUCACUUAGUUUAUUUUUAUUUGUUAAAAAUAGUCCCCCUGAGGGUGAAAUCUCAUUUUUAAGGGAGAGCUUGACCAAGAGGGCAACAAAUACACAAAGCUGCAGACACAGUCCUCAAGUAUUUGUGAGUGUUUCCAACCUCUGUCUCCUUUCCGUCAGCAGUGACCACCACAGGUAGAUUUUGUAACCUAAGCUUUGAGAUGGUGAGCAACAUGAGUGUGGAUUUUUCUCAUUUGGUAACAAAACAAUGGAAUGCAGCGUUUGAUACAUUUUGCUCCGGAUUAUUUACGCAAAUAGUAUUUAUAAGGGGGCCUAAAACAGAGCCCUGUGGCACACCUUUAUGGAUAGUUAUCAGCAAUCAGCAAAAACACUUGGUGUAGUGGAACCUUUGUGAGUACAAGUACAUAAUGGACUGAAUAUGAAAACUUCUCAGUAAAAAGGAGAAAGUUUGGGAAAUUAUCAUGCAGAAUGUUUUCUGUCAAUUUUCAAAAUUACUCGUGUCAGUGGGUUGAUAUUUGCUCUCUGUCUGGAUCAGGAGCCUUGUGUUUGUUUAGGGGUGGUUUGACCAGGUUUUCUGGAAUUUGGGGGGAAAAAAAUCUGAAAUGUUUAAGCACCAAACUUGUAAAUGUUGCAGUUUUAGGACAAAGAAAAUACUUACAUGUAAGACAGACAGGAAGGCAGACAGAUUUAGCGUUGUGAUCAGGUUUGAUUUAAAAGCUAAAGGUUGUGGUUGUGUUUUCAGUCUUUGUGUUGGGUUGAGUUGACAGCCUACUGGCUCCCCACUUCCUGUCUGUGGUUGGUGGCAGAGCUCUGAACCUUUCAAACAGCUGGAAGUUAAGGUCAUAGAGAGCUGCCAGAUGUUCAGACUGCCUGAAUCUGUCGCCGUGGGAGGCUCGGUAACAUUCAGUUUGCCUGAAACAAUGUGAAACCUGACAUGAGUUGAAUUUGCGAGGGUCGUGCUCCUCGAUCCGGACGAGAAGUGAUUCAGCAAACUGGAAACUGCAUCUGCAUGUCAGCAAACCCUUCUUUUGGGAAAAUGACAGGAAGUGAGUGAUGGGGGGUAUUUGGAAGAGAGGGAGCCUCAGACAUGGAGUGAAGAGGAAGGGAGCAGGCAAGAGGAAGAGAGGGAAGCUCCCAGGAAGUAAGCCAGAUUGUUUCGAGCCGGGGUGGAGCAUGGCAGUCAAGUCUUGACAUGUUUAAUGACUUAAUGAGGAUUUUGCUGCAGUCACAUUUUUCCCAGGGCACUGACCUCUUUGCUUUUCUUAGACUUUUGUAUAAAAUCCUCUUGAGUAAUAGUUAGCUGUAUUCCUGUCAUUGUAAAUCAACCCUCUAACAUUAAAAUUAGAACAAUAUGUAAUGACAUGCCUUGCAUUUUUUCACUCUUUCAUGAUUUACAUCUAUAUUUGUGUAACCAACCAAACAUUUUCAGCUUUGUGUGUUCCUCAGUAUGAAUCCAAAGUGUUCCUGUUUUAACCUCACCUUUUUCCUCUAACAUAUAGUCAAGGUUGGCCACAUAUACAGCGUGCUCACACAUGGUUCUGAUUGUUGAUAUGCCAAGGGAAACUUGUAAUAGAAACAGCAACUGGAGCAAGUGCUUCAACAACAGUAGCCUUUUCUCUACACCCUGAACUCCAACCGUACUCUGUGAGAAAAAAAACAGCAUCAAACAAACAUUUGUCGUCUGGAGUUCAUCUCUGAAGUUAUAUAAUCCUUAUAAACAAUGUUUGAAAAAGUGCAGAAUGGCCGCGAAAGUGAAAGUUUUGGAUUUUGGCCCCUAUAGAGACUGCCCUUCUGCACUGCUAUGUUUCUACAGCAGCCCAAUAUGGACAAAUUAGUGACAUACAUGUUUCAUAUUUAUGAAGUUUGGCCAUUAAAAAUACACUACUGUGUUUCCCACAGGAUGGGAGUUUAUUUGUGUGUAUGUGUGGGGGGGAUUCAUCUGCUGUGUGAUUGCAGACGACAACUCGCUAAUAGUCAGCAUGUGCACGCCCCACUGUGCAGCGCCCAUAUGCGCUGCAUAAACUCAUACAUACUGUGUCCAAGGUAUAGACUGUAAAAAGAAUGGACAGCAUCUGCCUCCUUGCUGGGGGAAGCCACCGCGAGAACAGCAUCCUCUGGUGACAGGCUGCAGUAUAGGUCAUAAAUCCCGCCUCCUCCAGCAAUCCCUAUGGAGCUGUGGACAAACUUUAGAAAUUAAUUACACAGAAUAUAAAUUUUUGUGAUGUUGACAUUUAGUUACUGUAGUAAGUAAGACUGGUUUGUGCUCAAGUCCUCUUUUCUGUGCAGCUCCGUUUUUAAAAGUUAUUCGGGUGUUCAUGUUUUCUUUGAUUGACACCUGAUACAGCCUAUCAGCGGUCAUGAUUGCGUAGCUCACCUGGGGAAUACGCUGUUUGAGCCGAGCGUCAUCACAGUGACUCUCGGCGGCUCUCCUGCCGAAUGCGCCCAACACUACCGCGCAGCGCUGGUUUCAGGAAAUGAAGAAAAAUCCCAGAAAUACUGAGAGCUUUCUGGCUUUAAAUCCGUAUACAAGCGGGAGGCAGAACCAAGUUGUCCAUCGUAUAUACAGUCUAUGGUCCAAGGUAGCGCCUAAAGCAGAAAAAUCUAUUUGUGGUGGGGCGAAAGUGUGGGGAAAUAUUGCACUGGUGGAAAGAUGACGAUGAAGGGAGUGGAUGUUGUUCAUAUAAGAUUUUACAUUGAUUGACAUUUUUGAUGGCAAAACCUUGAAUGUAGGAUUAAUUAUUAUAUUAAUCCUACAUCCCAGGUGCUUUUUGUCAUCAAAGAUUAGCCUGACUCCGACUGCUAGGCAUCUCAAAAUAUCCCCACUUCUACACACAAACAUCACUUGACACACAAUGACAAAAAUUAAUGAACAUUUAAAAGCAAACCUUUUCUUCUAGCCCAGAAUAAUUUAUAGUCAUUUGUGGUUGAGUGUCUUAAAAAAAAGCUAGUAAGCAAACAGAAAUGUGUGAUAAUGUUCCUUGCCUCAUUCAAGAAAAAACGGACUUAUGGUUUCAUUAACAUUCGCUGUUGUUUUUUCUCUUUUUUAGGAGUUUCAGUCAAAAGCGGGCCGCUGUAGAAAGAGACUACGCCCAGGUAAGUAAAUCUAAACUUGUUGUUUUCUCUCACAGCAGCUCUGAUACUUGUUAACACCAUCUCUCCCCUGCCUUGUCAUUUGCGCUGCUAAAAAUACAUGCGCAGUUUCACGAUACUGUCCUCCAAAGACAGCAUAUAAAAGUGGAGUUGAGGAUGUGGCCCCUAAGAAAGCUCUUUAUUCACAUGUGGCCAGAAAGCUCAUGAAUGGUAAGCAGCCGCAGAGACAAACACCACAACAGAGAGGAAAAUCAGCAUCCACUGAUGAUCCGGCGGUUCGUUUCCUCCUCGCCAUGUUUUGCCCGGAGCUUCCUGGAGACGUCAGUUGUCUGUCUGAAAAUCCCGUCUUUGCCUCUGCAGCUCUGUUCAGGUUUUGCAGCCCUGUGAGGAAUGUCCACCACCACCGUGAAGAGAGGGGGCCCGUCAGUAGAUCAAACUAGCAACCUCAGAUGUCUGUUUGCUCAUGUGCAUCUGGUCCUUAAGGCUGGUUUUAUGAAGCUGGUUUGGUAAAACAAAGCCUUUUAAUGAGCAGAACAAACUGAACCAGGAUUGAACUGUUUCAUUAAGCUAACUGGGGGAUAAUAUGACCAUGCUGACUCAAGUGUGGUUUAUUACAUGAAUUUGAAACCAGAAACUCAAGACGAGAAGUGGACGUAACUGCUGUGACAUGACCCAAGAGAACUACUGUUAUGUAUUUUGGCGGUCGUCUAGGGCUGUCCGAUAACCACAACAUUGCAAUACUGCACUAUUGACAAACCGGCCACAAAGAAUGUCAAGCCACUGCCACAACCACUUUGUUCAAUCUUUUCCGUCUUUGUCAGGCUGCGCUCUUCUUGUUUCGCACUCAGAAAUUGUGUAGAUUGCACGAUAAGCAUGUAAUUGGCGUGUUUGCAUAAUCUUGAAAAAUGAUGAUUUAUUGCAUUAGUUUUAUUAUAUUAGAGUCAAGAAGUUCUACGGUUAACAUUAGUUUGUAUAAUAGUACUAAAGAUGGGGGGACCGAGCCAUGGUAUGGGAUUGAUUUUCAUGCAUGUAUAUCCCAUAGACUGUCUAUAGAAUUGACAGAGUCUGCCUCCUCGCUGGGUGAAGCCACUCCGAGAACAGCACCCUCUGGUGACAGGCUGAAGUAUAGGUCAUAAAUCCUGCCUCCUCCAGCAAUCCCUAUGGAGUUGUGGACAAACUUUAGAAAUUUAUUACACAGAGUAUAGAUUUUUCUCCCCCCUGCUUGUGAUGUUGACAUGUAGUUAUUGUAAGACUGGUUUGUGCUCAAGUCCUCUUUUUUUCUGUACAGCUCAGUUUUUAAAAGUUAUUAGGGGGUUCAUGUUUUCUAUGAUUGAUACCUGAUACAGCCUAUUAGCAUUCAGGUAUUGCGUAGCUCAUCCGGGGGAUACGCUGUUUGAGCCGAGCGUCAUCACAGCGACUCAGCGACUUUCCCACCAAAUGCGCACAACGCUACUGCGCAAUGUUGAUUUCAGGAAAUAAAGAAAAAUCGCGGAAAUACAGAGAGCUUUCUGGCUUCAAAUCUGUAUGCUGACGAGAGGCGGAACCAAGUUGUCCAUAGUAUAUACAGUCUAUGGUAUAUCCACAUGCUCCAGCGGUGCUCGUAUAUAUAAUGUGUGGUUGACAAAAAGAUUCUGUUCUGCAGAAGGGAUCCAUUUUAGGAUGAAUGAAGAGAAUCAUAAAGAAACCCCAAAUCUUCGGUCUUUUUCGGACUACUACUACCCCUGAAGAACAGAAAAGGAAAUUUCUUCUCUAUCACAGCCUUACCCACACCACAGAGGUCAUACUGUGGUAUCUGGGCCUGAAAAUAUAACUUAGGUGGAGAAGUUUCAUUGACUGAGGGCAUGCUUUAUUUAAAAAAAAAAAAAACCCUCUUCGCUUUUCCUUCCAAGAUGUAGUACAGUUUGUAUUUUCCAUCAAACAUAAACUUUAUAUUGAUUGGACCAAGUCAUACCUCAAAAUUUAGACAAAUUAAUAAUUCUUAAAAUGGAAAAAAGCUAAAAAAAGAAAGAAACAUGGAGGCAACCGCAGCUGAGGACUCCGACACCUGUUUGUACAUUAUUUAUCCUGCUUGACUGGGUCCAUGUAGUCACGACACCUCACAUUAAAGAUUUACACCUCCUCAGAAGAAGGAAAGAGUAGUCGAAAGACUUCACUGAACUCAGCGCAGAAGGGAACCUCAGAGAGUCGUGAAAAAACAGACCUGCAGCUCUGACUAUCCUGUGAACCUGUCAGGCAACAGGGACUCAAGUUUCUCACACCACACACCCCCCCUCAACUAAUUUCUGAUUGGCUGUAUAGUCCAGACAUUUAAAUUAUGAGCAUGUGUCUGGCAGCUGAAACAUCGCUGUAUUUUUCAGCUUGUGUGUAUGCCAACUUGGAGGAAGUGAAAACUAGAACAGUAUGCAAGUAUUUGCUAUGAUUGCACAUAUUUUGAAAACAGGAAGAUGUGAAUCUUCACAGUCAUUUUAUUGGCAUGCAUUUUAAUGUGAUGUGAAAGUCGUGAAAAUGUACAAAAAAGAACAGUCAAACAAAAGGUGUGUGGUUUUUUUUCAGUAGAGAGCCUGCAGGCUAGCUUUUGUAACCCAGUGCAUGUGCGUUUUGUUGGAUAUGCAUGCCCAAGUUAUACCAGUGUUUUUUAAAGUCUGAUUUUGUCCAAGCAGAGCACUGCAGCAAGGGUUAGUCUUUUUAUGACUCAUCAAAAUCUCAGGAGUUGUUAUUAAAAACAAUUAAAAACAAUAAUUGGCUGAAUAAUACGAUCACAUACUUGCUUUUGUAAGACCAUAAACCUUUGUGGUACCAGAACUCUAAAUAUGUACUAUUUGUACGGGCGAUGACAAAUGAGUCAGGAAUUCUUGAUUAUGAAAAUCAUGAUAAUUUUGGUCCCGCAGUGAAAAGCAGUUCUUCAUUUUAGGCUGCGGUGAAAGGUGUCCUGUGUGUCUGGGUUAUUCUGGCUGCUGGUUAUGUGAUCAAUUAGAUAUCCGCUGCCAAUGGUUGAAUCAAAGUGGGUCAGAGUGUCUCUGGAACACUUAGUUCCCUUUGGUCACACCCGCUGCUUUUUGUUUUUUUCCAAAAUUCUCCUCUCUUUACGCGCCUUUUUCUGGGUCUCUUACACCUGCGAGCUGCUUUAGCCAUCAGUCAAUUACUAUUCAAAUCACACUGUGUGAUAAAAUGUCCUCCUCUGUGCAGCUCUUCCUCUGCUGUCCUCGCAUCCCUCCUCCUCCCACCCUUCCCUAGUUCCCAUCACAGUAUUCAGGCGUGUCUGCUCAACUAGCUCAGUUGGCGAUCCUCUCUCUCUCUCUCUCUCUCUCCCUCCCUCUCUCUUUCUCUCUCUCUCCCUCUCUCGCUCUGAGUCCCACAAUGGCGGGGUUUGUAGCAGCUUUGAAGCUUUGGCACCAAGAUCAGUACUGAUCAAACCAGAAAGUUCAGGGCCCGUCUAUACUCGGUAGACAGAGAGAGGAUAGAUGGGUUGAUUUCAUUGAUCACCUCUUUGCAGGCCUUGAGCAUAAAGCAAAGUCACUAACUUGAUCCAGACGAUCCUGUCUUUCUAAGAUGGAGUUUUCUUUCUUUUAUUAAUAUUCUGUUUACCAUUUCUCGUUUUUUUUCGCAGGUAGCAUCACUUCUCUUUUGUACAACAAUCACAAAGCGUAGACAGGUGUAUAAUACUCAUCCUGCCGAAAAUGAAAAUCAGAUUUUGAACAGACUUAUUGAAUAGACUUUACCUUAUGGUUGUUUAACUCUGCAAUGCCCAUCUUUGAUUCGGACUCGUACCGUGAAAUCUAAGCGAUAUUUCUGAUCAGUAUCUUAACAUAACCUCAAGGUAACAAUAAAACUAACGCGCUGACUGUCUUUUAGAAUCAGAUUGUCACAUUGAAAUGGAAUGAAAUCUGUGCUCUUGUGAUUAAAAUGAAGCGCUUUUGGUGUCAGUACUUCAUGACAUACAAAUAAAAGUAACCUGUCAUUCACAAGUGCAUUUUAGGAUGAUCUUCUCAGGAUCAUCAUCUUCGUCCAAUUUUUGGCUAACUUGACCUGCUUAAGGGUAACUUAGUUCACCCCCCUACCAUUAUGAGUGGUGGGUGAUGGCAAAGACUCUGUCUGGCUAUCAUGAGGGACACACUUGUCUAGCAGAUAAGUGUUGUCAUCUGUUAUGACCAAUAUGGAUAUUGAUUUACUAAAGCUGGAAUAUUAGAAUGUCUUUAUUUUUUUUAGAUGUGUUUGAAGAACCUGUCAUGUAUUCAGUGAAAUGUCCAUUGAAAUACCUCUAACUUGUGUUUCAUCGUAGCUAAAAUAAGCCCCUUCAAUUAGAGCCAAAUUCCCUGUCUUUACCUUUUACAUUGUUUUCUUACUGAGCUAAUGUCACAAAGUGGAAAAUUACAGCUAUAUCAAAUACUCAACAGGUAAACAUGCAUGCUGGAUUAAGUUUGGAAACCACAGAAUGACUGAACAUGUACUUCCUGCUUAUUGUAUAACUUGCACUGCCCCACCUCCUGCUACAUUACCCCACAAAGUCAAAAAACAAACUGACUUCAUGCAGUGCCUUCAUAUUUUAGAUGAGUUUCACUGGGUGUUUUAUAAAACAAUGGUUGACAGUGUUGAAAAAAAGGGUUGUAAUGAACGCAGAAGAAGUUGAGAUGUUCUCAUUUCGAGGCCCUCAGUCAAGAAGAUCAUUUUUUGAUCAAUCAAAAAUACAAAAUUAUCGGUCAUUACCACUUUAAGCGUCUGAGGAACUCUGAAAAUCCACCAGUCUAGUCUCUUCUUGUGUCUUUUUAUGCAGAAGUUCAUUUUCCUGAUGUACCAAACAUAUAUCCUAGAGCAACCAUGAAUUCUUCCUAAUACUUUUUUUUUUUUUGUUAAUGUUUACUCCGUUCUGAUAUUUUGGUUCUGUAAAGGUUAACCUCACUGUUGGUCAAGGUGGAGGAAUGUAAUUUUCCUCCAGGGAUGACUGUGGUCUAAGUAAGUCAUAUUUUCAACUAAAAAUGGUCUCACCUCGAAAUAAAAAGGUGAACCAGUCUGUGCGGUGAUAAUUGAUAACUCGUCACAACCAGACAUGACCUUCAAAUCAGUUUGGAUUUUACAUGAGUUCUUUUUUCUGUUAUUGGUGAUGGAAAUCUUUGCAGCUAAUGAAGAAAAGAUGAAGUUUUCACUGACUUUGCUUUUUGUGCCCUUCUGUCGUCAUGCUCUGGCUGCCCUGGUGGUUUAUGGGACAAGGUCAGGAGAGGGCAGAAUCCUCCAUGCAUGUCCUGUGUGAAGAUGAGAUGCAGAAAAUGUGUGUUUGUGUCAAAGGUGAAAGGUCAUCCCUGUUUUUUGUGUCUCUCUUUUUUCUUUCCAAGGCCCUUCAGAAGCUGGCAAACCAGUAUCUAAAGAGAGAAUGGCCUGACAGUCCAGCUGAAGAUCAGGCAGAUCACAGGUAACACCUCUGUCUAAACUCCUGUCCCACAUAGUCUUCAUUUGGCUUUUAAUAACACAUGGCUAAUAUGAUGCCACAUGUUACCUGCGCCCUGAAACAUAGAGACCGUGUACAGUGAUCUCAGAAGGAUCAGUUUAAAGCAUUUUAUCCUUUUUUGGUGAGACUUGUCUCCAACCCUCAGACCCAGCAGGAUAGAGCCCAGUCAUAUUACAGUUCUGUCCUUAUUUUAAUGCAAAAAUGCAUAUUCAUUUGCAUGCACUAAUUAAAUCUUUUGUUUUCCUUUUGCGUUCAGGAACAUGUAUUGUGUAUGGAGGGCUUAUUUGGAGGGUACAAUCCAGGUCACACAGUCCAGAAUCAGUGCCUGUGAUAACUACAAAGUCCAGGUCGCUGAUCCAGCCAAGACAGUCAGACUGCAGAAGGAACAGCAGCUGAGGAAGGUAAAUAAAAAGGGUCGAUUUUGCAUCUCUCAAAGACCCGUGCUCCCUUUUUCUUUUUCUUUUUUUUCUGCAGAAACCUAUGCAAAACCUCUCCUGUGUUAUUGUUGAUGUCAUUCAUUUUCCCACCCUUCCUUUUUGGUUCCUUUUUGGGGUUGUAGCCAGUUGAAACAUGUUCAACCUUUGGGAAAAUACUGUGCCUGUCGCUGUAACUUUCACCUCGCAGUGGGGGAGAACCUGGAUCAAUAAAGAACAACCAUCAUCCUAUACUAAUGGCAGUUUAGUAGUUCAGUAGUUCAAGAACAGGUUCCUGACUCUCUCUCUCAGACUUCUCUCAGAACCUUUGUGAAAAACAAAUCUUCUGAAGAUGUUGGUUUAUACUCCUGCUGUGACACCAUUCAUCGAGCACAGCAACAGAGUCUCCUUAACUUGCUAACACAUGCUAAAUUGGCACAAUGCUCCAAAAGAAAAGUGACUCCAAACCAUGUCACUAUCGCCGAAAGAUUUGCUUUUGAUUUGGACCUGCAGCUAGACAAUAAAAACCUCAAUGGAGUCAAUGCAGCAAGAUCUUGAUGAUUUUGAAAGUUGAAUUUCAACACUGUCUGUAAAAGCGAAACAUCCCACAUGUCCUUCUGGUCACAUCAGAGCAAGUAAGAAGUGAGUUGAAGCAACAUGUGCAAUAAUCAGAUAUGGUGCAAUAAACUAUAUGCCAAAUGAGGACAGACAUUACAGCAGCGGCUCUUAUCAUUAACGACUUCUCUAAGUUACUGAUUGUGAGUACGGUGCUUGCUCAGAGGUUGAACAUAAGGAAGUCUGAGAGUAACCAGGGCUGCUCUCUGGUUUCUUUUGGUCACACUCCUGCGUAACGCAUAAUGGUGCUCUUGUUUGAGCUCACCUUUGCAGGAAAAGUUACACAAUCUCUUGUAUGCAACAUGACAUGUCACUACACCUAUGCUUCUGUGUGAAUGAGCAGAAUGUCCACGUUUUAAGGAGCACUAAGCAGUAGUUUUUAUGCAAAUGUCUCUUGUUUAUUAUGUGUGUCCUCAGUGUAUUGAUCAGCUGAUGGUGGUUCAGGCUGAGCUGCAGGAUUCUGUGAAGGAGUUAUCCAAGAGCAGAAAGAAGUACCAGGAGGCUGAGACGAUGGCGCAGGCUGUGCGAGAGAAGGCAGAGCUGGAUGCCAAGUAUGAAUCUGAUACUUUCCAGUGAUUUGUUUUAUAGGAUUAUAACAAAAUUAAGUUCAGUAGUACCUCUUUAAAUUGACUGUCUGGUUUUCAGAAAAAAAAAAUGAAUUCACAAUAAAAGAAAGUUACAAAAAAGGAAAAACAAAACUGCAAAACUCUAGCAUAAAUGUUGCUGGUUAUCCAAAAUGAUGAAUUCAACCACUUUCUCUCCUUUUGGGGAAUGCAUGUGGCUCUAUUGAUAGAUACCACUUUGCAAAAUGAUCAUAUUGCAUGUUUUGCAAUUGGUUAUUGGAUUGUUUUCCUUUUCCAGUUAACAAAUUUCUGCCGAUAUUUUUCUUUCCAAGUUCUGCUGCAAAUUGUGCUUUAGCUUAAAACAAUUGAGCACAAUUUAUCAGGGCAAGAUGAGCGGCUUAAAUUGUUGUUUGAUCUGUUCAGAUUCAAUAGUUGAGAUCUGGAUUGGAAUUUCUUAUUUAGUGCAGCUGGUUGGAUAAAACGGUUGGUUCUUAAACAUCAGGUUUAUGUGAGAUACAAAUUUGGCCAGGAUUGGUUUCCAAACUAGCUAUGAUGUCACAUCCUGCUCAUAUGGACUAAACUCGGCUUAAAGGUGAGCGCUCAGAAACUUUCCCUCCAGCUGUAGAUGAAAGAGAAAACAGUCUUCUCCUGUUCAAGUCUGCACAUUCAUCAUUUUGCACAGUGAAGCUCACACAUCCAAGUGAAACAACAACAAGCAGAACACUUUUUUUUUUUUUUUAGCAAAGGGAGGUUUUCUGAAAGAAAAAAAAAACAGCAGAGAGGCUGACUGUGAAUAAAGUCAGUUCAGGGCAACAAGAAGUUUAUAUUUGGACUUGAGAAAGGUGUUUUUUCACUUUUCUCUCAUUGGCAACUCUUGUCCUGGCACAAAAAGAAAAGCUGACUCUUUAAGUCACAUUUCAGACAUCUUUUCUGUAUAGUUGGGUUUGUUGUAGGGCUCAGAUUCUGCUGUGUGAAGUUUUGCUAUCGGAAAAGCUUUACAGCUGGAUUGGCAAUCUAGCUGAUGCUACAAAUACGACGUUCUUCUGGCUCAUUGUUGCAAACAGACAGAGAAGGAUAAAUCCAGAUAACUUUUUCCACCAACCUUUAAGAAAAAAUGAUGCUCCCUUACAUGAUGGUCAAAUUCAAAACUAAGAGUAAAAGAUGAAUACUCCAAAUAAACAAUAUAGCUUUCUUGCAGUGAAAUGUCAACCACUGUCAUCGCUUCUUCAACAGGUCAAAGCUGAGUCUCUUCCAGUCCAGAUCCAGUCUCCAGAGGGCGAGCGUGAAGGUAUGACAUCCUCAAAUACAAACAAACUGCUCCAUGUUUCGUUUUAUAUUUGGCCGCAGUGAGACGUUCGACUUUCUUAUUCUAGCUCAAAGCCAAAAGGAGCGAGUGUAACUCCAAAGCCACACACACCAGAAACGACUACCUUCUCAUGCUAGCAGCUGCUAAUGCUCAUCAACAGCGCUACUAUGACACUGACCUCAUGGACUGCAUCAAGGUGAGGAAAUACACACCGAAUGUCUGUACACGAACAGCUCAAGAUAGACAUGGACUCUAAUGAUGUACGAUUUGCAGGUGUUAGAUGGCCGAAUCUAUGAGCAGGUGAAAGAUUACCUGGUGUCGCUGUGUCAAACUGAGCUGGAAACAUACCAGGCUGUUCACAACACUUUCAACCAGCUUCUGAACAGCUCGAAUGGGGUAAGUCUGAAAUGCUGAUUACGAGUCUGAUCUGAUACUUCUACUGACCCAAAGGUUUUCACUCAAAGGUGUGAGCAAUCCUAGAGUGAUACAGCUACUCAAGCCACAACUUAAGAAUAAGAUAGGACAGGAUUUAAUCUUUGUUGAAGGAAGUAUUUGUUCAGGCUGAUGUUCAGGCUGCAUAAUCCAAAACAUGUGUGAAUAGCAGCACAAGAUCUACCAUGUGAAUGCAAUCUGCGUUUAUUCUAGUCUACUAACUAUGCAUAUCUUUAUUUAUUUGACCCCAAUUUUGGAUAUCCAAACAGGCAGAGCAUAAACCAUCUACAGCUGAGACUUUUACCGAAAAGUUGUGUUUACGCUCUGCUUUUUGCUGAUCGGAUAGAAAGGAGGGAAGUUGAUUGAAGGUUUAAAACAGGUUUACAGAGCUGGAUGCUUUCCAUAAGCCUGGCUGUUAUUAGGGCCCGUGUCCAUUAACUGUGGUUUUAGCACCAGAAGCACCUAUUUUGAAGCAAAACCAGUUGUUUUCAACUGUACACGUCAGUUAAUUUUCUGUCACCAGCCAAUCAAAAAGGGCAACCUCAUGGUGCACAAUACUUCAAAUUUGAGAUUGUAGGUAGGCAACUUUUUCCUUGGAAAUAAUCUGGCAGUAAUGGAUGAUAACACCACUUUAGUGUACUCAUUUUGUGCAAAACUCUGUAUUCAGGAAAGUAGAGGACAUAAACAUUACCAGCAUUCCUUUAAUUUAUCAUUUAGAUGUCCUAUGAGAAAGACACUAUGAACUCUUUAUCAAGAACCUGUAAUAAAGCAUAUGUUACUGCAUGUUUACACAUAAUAGAUAAAAGAAGGCUUUUGCUUUUGGCUAACGGGGUGUUUACAUGUGAUCGUGUGGAACAAAAUGCAUACAGAAAUUGCACAAUUCUAUAAAAAAAUAGUGUACAGCUAUAAGAACAUAUACAUUUAUACGGUGGCCGAUAAAGGCAGAGAAUCUGCAACAGCCCCGAAAAGUCUAAAUCAGGACACACAAGCUGCAGAUGCUCAAAAAAUGCCAAAAAUUCAACAACACUUACGAAAGUCCAAAACAAACACAACAACAACAACUACACUUAAAAUAGAAACAAAAAUCUGCAAAAUCCAAAACAGCUGCAUCAACAGAGGAAAUGCUGCCAAUCCUCAUCUGAUGCAAAAACAAAAGAGUUGCAAAAAUAAGAAGCUGGACUUUUAUUAUUGGAAUUGUAUCACUCCAGCAUUUGCAGCAUUUUUCUUCUGUAUGAAUAUCACUGAAGUCGUCUGCUCUUGUUGGCCACCAGACUUUUUGAGGAAUAAAGUUAGAAGAAGAACAGAUAUCAGUAUCUAUAAAUUCGUACUCAUCUCUGGAAAAAUUAAAAAUGUCUUCCCUCACUCUUUCAUGUAGGUUGCUCAGGAGUUUCACCAGCAGCUGUUUGUACAGAGGAACCUCAUGUUUCAGCAAGCCCCAGACUUUUUGUACCAGCCCAUCGACUCAGACACGGUAUGUCCUGAAAUUACGUUUGUGCAUCAUUAAAUGUCGAAUAUAAAAAUGUAGUAGAGCGUAGUUUUAAUCUGUUGCAUUUUGACUUUUACAAUGUGUUUAUAGUGAAUGCUCAUAUUGGGAUAAGGAUAAAACGGUUUAGUUUUAAUCCCAGACCUGUAACCACUGCUGAAGAACUCUGUGGUGAAAACCAAAAAGAGUUGAAUGUUUGGUGUCAGGGACUCAAAAAACCGAGGAGACGGAGGUUUAAUUUGUUUGGACUGGCUUACAUUCCCGAGUCUGUCCAAGUGGAACAAGUAGUUCAUCAUGGGCAUCCUGAUGGCUGAUUGGGUCGGUGCCCUUGUCUCGAAUAAUCUCAGAAAUCUGCCACAUGCCAGUGGAUCCUCCAUUUGCACUUGACUCAUAAAUGUUAAAGAAUAUUAAACGACAAAGUUAAUCUUAGUAUUGAUGUUCUCUUUUGUCUUAGUGCGCAGCAAAGAUUAAAAGCCAAAACAUCUAUCUGUGCAAGCAUUAUGUUUUAAAUGAAACCUGUGGAGGUAUUUCAUGUUUCAAAGAUCCUUUCCUUUAUCAUAAGAAAUAAAUCAAAUGCUAGUUGGGGUAUAAGAGAAAUGCCUGACAGUACCUGAUGCAGUAAAGGCCCCACUAGUGCAGACUGAUGGUGUUUUUCAUCAUUAUCACUAAAGCUGAGCUCAGACCUUUUACCUGUUAUGAUGGUCACUGUGUCACAGGACUAAAGGUUGACUGGUGACAUAUUUUUAACCAAUGACAAGACAGCAGGUUGGCCAAUAUUUACCAGUACCAUUUAAAAAUUUGCAUUAAUAACAUCAAUUUCAUAACACUAACAAAGGAGCUGAACUUCAGUGUAUCUUGAUAACUGUACAUGGACAAAUAGAUUUUCUAUCAAGAGGUCGAGAAGCAGUUCAGAUGUGUCCUUGAUUACUGCUAACUAUAAGACUCAACAUGAGAGCGAACGAUUGACCUCUAAACAUGUAGACUGACCUUAUCGUAAGGAGUGUUCUAUCUUUGUAACAGCGCCGUUAUAGGAACUGUAACUUGAACGCACUCUACGUGAGUACAUGAGUGCAUGUCCUUCUCUUACUUACAUUACUCUCUGUCAUAACAGUUUGCAUUAUGCUGAAAUAGUGAAAGUAGUUAACACCAACACCCAUCACAGUUACCUCCCUUUUUAAGUAAAAUUCUGCCCUACACACACUCACACACACAUUCACACACACACACAAACACACGCCUGUUUAUGAAGUCAGCUCUGUCUCGUGGCCUGGAAUCUAUUUCUGACUGUUUUCCACCCAUAUUGGUUAUUUCAUAGCAUUUUUCACCCUCUGUAAAACUUACAUAAAUGUCACCUUAAGUCCAAAAAUAUUUUACCGUCAGCUUUUGAAGACAACCCUUCUGUGUAAAUCAGGCAGUGGUUCGGUGUUGGCCGCCGCGCAUGAAUGUAGUGCAUUGCUGUCAGUGUCACACAUACUUCUCUCUUAGCCUUGAUAGUCUGUUGCCCAACGCUGCCGGUCCUCCUUUGCUCCGGUCCUCUGCUCCACCGGACAACACUGGACAAUUUGUUCAAACUGCAAACGCCGACGUUGUUUUCAUUGGAAGUCAAACAAGCAGCAGCCUGUUCCUAAAGAAAACAUUAGCGCUAGAGAGCCUUCCCUCCUCUCCCCUCUCCCACCCCCCCCACCCCCCUCGCCCUCCUGCCCCAUACCACUUGCACCAGACGGAGGGAUCCGGUGAGGAAUAGAGCUGAACUGUGAGGGAGGGGCAGGAGGUAGGCUGGGCCCUGUGAACGGCCCAGCUGUGAAAAGGAGGCAUUGUGAGUGGGCCUCAUCAGAGUGCACUGACCCUCCCCGCCCUCCAUACAUACUCACUCUCAACACACACAUACACACACUCAGACACGCUGCUGUUGUCAUGUGCAAGCCUCUUAACUCACAUUUAUUCAGUAAAGACAGAAAAGUCAAAUCGGAGAGAUUGAAAUCAAAUUAACUGAGACGCGAUCCUAAUCCUUUUAAGAUACUUCAGAGCAGCUGGGGUUAAACUCCUGUCUCCAGCUACCAGGUGUUUUUCUUUCUUUUUGUACAUUUUGAAUGAAAGAAAUAAAAGCAACCAGCAGAACCAGCCCUAAUAACCAAAUUUAUUGCUGGGACACAUGCUCCUUCCAGCCAGCUCCUGUCUCCUGUUUGUAUUUGUUCAUCAGGACCCUGUUAUAUGUGAAGAGGAAGUUGCCACAUCAGUGUAACAGAAAUGGUAAACAUAACUCACAGUGAUGGUUCUCUUCACUUGCCGUUUAGGAAACCACAACAUCCUCUUAAAAGUUAGGCAAGAUUUUGUUUUGGAAACUUGACAAAGACGGGUUGUAUUUUUUCAGAGGGGAUUCAAGGACAUCAGAAACAUUAUUUCAGACAAACAAUCUCAGAAUAGUUGAAGUGCAGAGAGACGUCAGACAAGACUCUGGGACCUCAUAUCACAUGUCCUCCAGGAAAGAUGGAAAGGUCCGUCCACAGAAACUUACUUGACAGACUGAUACAAGUUUAAGUUCCGAUGAUAAGUAAGUGAUCGUCUGAUGGGGUGUAAAACAUCUAGACCACUUACAUGGUCUGGGACAGGUCUGUUUUCUUUCCUCAGAGCCAGAACCAAACAUGGAGAGGCAGCACUCAGUUUUCAUGCUUCAUGUAUCUGAAACAAACUCACAGAAAACUGCAGGUCUGCUUAAACUCCCAGUUCUCUGAAACGAGGCAGAAGACUCCCCCUAUUGCCCCUUUGUAAAUACAAAACAAUAUUUUGAAACUUUCUUACUUUGUUUUAAGCUUCUGUUUUGUUAUUUUGAGUUCUUUUUGAUCUUAGUGUCUUUUUUAUGAUAUUUAAAUAAUUGUUUGAAUCUGUUUAUCUUUAAAUGUCUUAAAUACAACACCUUGAAUUGACUUGCUGCUGACAGGAGCCAUAAUAACAAUCUUACCUAAUGGAUUAAUAAUAUACCGUACCAUUCAAUUGAUAUCUUUCAUUGCAUCUGCAUAUUGUUUAAUAUCUUGCAUAGCAUCUCUAUAUUUUCUUUGCCUGUUUGCAGCCAGUAUGUGCCCUCUCUCACUCUUAUCUCCCUGUCUCUCUUUGUGGUGUUUUUGUAGGUGAUGCAGCUGCAGAAAGAAAGUGGAACAGCUGAGGAGCACAGUCUGGAUAAAGAGGCGAGGAAAUGGGCGAGCCGUGUGGCCCGGGAAUACAAGAGCAUCAUUCACACCCAGAGGGUGAGUACUGAUACAAGCUGAUGGAGAGGUCAUGUCUUUAUUUAUUUUUGGAAAUUAGAUAUUUGCUUUUGUCGCAUCCUUUUCAAAUGUAGACAAAAACAAAACAACAAAAAAGGCAGGAAACUUUUCAUACAUUGGCAUAAAGAUUACAAGAAAGAAGAGACCAAUUCUUUAUGAAUGACAACCACAGAUAUGUUUGAUAUGGACUGAGAAGGUCCAUCAACAUCCUGACCAGGCCAGGUUACUUUCUUCUGUCAUACAAUCGACUCAAACCGCCACAUUGUUCCUCAGCCGGGACAUUUUUCUAGCGUAGCUUUCCAAACAUACCUACACACUAAAUGCACACACAUCACAAAAAUGAGUUUUUGGAUACCUCUCACAACCACAAGUCCUCAGCACAGAGAAAAAUAUAAGAACAGAUGGAGGAGAGUGGCAGCAGAUCUUUGUGGGCUUACUGUUUUUAAACAGGUCACCUCCUUUUUAUUCUUUGCCUUUUAUUUGUAGUGUAAGAAACAUGCAGUAAGUUUAUGAACUUCAGUACAAUAACAUAGGAGCUUCUGUUAAAAUGUUCAGAAAUUGUGACAUUACCAUUGAUGUGUAAUUCAGGGGACUUUGGAGCUUUUACUUUAAUUUUAUUUGUGCAUAUUUCUGUUUUUUCUUUUGGAAAAACCCUGGUUUGUUUUUACUGUCAAAUAUUAAAAAAAUGCUCCCAGUUUAGAAGUUUUGAACCAUCUUUGAGAAAGAUGUGUGUAGUUUUGGAGACAUUUUUCUGUGAAAUCUGAAGAUGAAGAAUAUCAAACAACAUAAUGGACACCAAAACUCUCUGAGAAGUAAUACAAUAAAAAAAAGGAAAAACAUCUAUACAGAGUUUCAAACUUGUUUAUUCAUGUUUAUCUGAAAUAUCAAUAAGCAGACAUGAUCAUAGUCACACUGAAUCUAAACCUGGGUGCUGAUAUGACCAAAAUAUGACACUAAGGUGCAGUAUGAAUGUUCAGAAAACUUCUACCAGCCAAUCAGAUUGUACAAAUUGGAUCCUGAUUGUUAACAGUAAACUGUGUGUCACAGUUAAACUGAAACACCUGCUAACGGCCAACAUACUGCAUAUCUCUGUCCUCUGAAUGGGGCUUUCCUUUAAAGCAGUAAUCUAGGUCAACGGAUGAUAUCUACAAGCCUGGAGAUCAUAAAAUCAUCCAGUGUUUGUAAAGGAAAAUAUGAUGAGCAGGAGGUUAGAGUUCAUCCCAAUAACCCUCUUCUCUGAUUCGUUGUGUAAGUCGACCAGUUAGAUAAGGGAUUCCCAAACUCCAUCAGUGACGUUUUUUCCAGGAUUAAACAAUCUGUUUCCAUAAAGCAGGAAGUGAGUCAUCCCGCUUCAAGUGAAGCUCGAUCAGAUGUCUUCAAUCAAUGGCUCAGCUGUUCCCGAGUUCCUGUGAUGUGUUAUUUUUAUACAGUGAGGGUGAUGGUUUCACUUAUUCUUUUGUUUUUAGGCUCUGGAGGAAUAUGGGACGCAGGACUCAUCAGAGCAAAACAACAGUGAGCUGGAGACCAAGAUGGAGGUGGCCCGACAGAGUCUUCGGAGGGCAGAGGUAACCAAGUGUGUGUGCGUAUGUGUGUGUGUUUGUGUUGAGCGUUCAUGUGUGUGUUAUGGAGUAAGAAAUGGGUUUCUCUGUUUUCUCAAUCAGUGUCAUGUUACUAAAAGUGGCUCCAGUGCUCCACCUGCUGGUCAAGAGUGGCAGAAGACGUGCUGCAAUUCAAAAUCUAAAGCAGUGGUUCUCAAGUCCAGUCCUCCAGACCCACUGUUCUGCAUGUUUUGGAUGUUUCCCUGCUCCAACAGACCUGAUUCAAAUGAUGAGCUCGUUAUUAAGCCGUUACAGAGCUUGAUAACGAACCCAGGACAGUGGGCCUCGAGGACUGGACUUGAGAACCACUGAUCUAAAGCACCUAUACUGCACAGUCAAAUGACUCCACUAUGAGUAGAAGCGUUCUGUGUGAAACUUACUUUGGUAAAUUAAACUAAAAUGGCCACCUCUGUGUUCUUAUUGUGGUUAUUUUGGGGCAAAUGGUCUUGAUUAAGAAUUUCACAGUUACACAUGAUGCUUUUGGAGUCGAGGUGCACUCAGCUGCUUAAGGAGAGUCUGUGGUCCAUGGUGUCCCACUAAAGGGGUCCCCGACACAAGAUAAAAAGGAUGUUCGUUUUAUGAAACUCUAAUGUUUUUAUUUUAUUCAUAGACGGUGAAAGUGAAAGCUGAAGCCCGUCUGGACUUGCUGCGGCAGGCAGGUGUGGCUGUCGAAACGUGGCUGAAGAGCGCCAUGAACCAGGUGAUGGAGGAGCUGGAAAACGAACGCUGGAACAACCUCAAUACCCAUGAUCCUUCACUCUCCGUAAGACCCUCAAAGCAUUUAAGCUCAGAUUCUAAUUAUUGCAGAUGUCUUGAUGCCCUCAGAGUGACCCACAAGUCAACCAGUCCAGUUUUUUUAUUGUUAAAGGAUUGUUAUUGCCUUAUGCAGCUCAAACUGUGUCACACAAAGUGAUCCCUGUCGUGUUUCUGCAGGGGACAGCAGAUUUGGAGCGAGAGGAUGAGGAGGAGAUGGAGGACAGUGGAGAAGUUUUGGAUGACAGCAGCUCCAGCCCAUCCAGCACCUUAAAGAACUAUCCCCUCACCUGCAAAGUGCUCUACUCCUAUAAGGUACCAGCAGAGAAGAAAUGAAAGCUUCUCGUGUCCGCUGCAUGCUGGUGGAUAACCUGUGCAGGUUGUUUUUAAUGACUGUCCGUUCAUUAUUGAGUUUGGUCAGAAAGUUCAUGUAUCCUGACUGUUAAAGACUAAAUCACUUCAAUACUUAAUUCUUGUGACAUUUAGCUAUUUCUUUGUGACACUUACAACGGUAGCCAUAAAUGAUGGUGUUCAACAAUCACUCACUUGAUGGGUCGAGAAAUACAAAUGUAAUAACAAUAAUAAUAAUAAUAACUUUAUUUUUACAGCACUUUUAAAAACAGGAGUUUACAAAGUGCUUUGACAAACAGUGGCAAAGCACAGAAGAUCAGCACAUGAAAAUAAAAACAAAUAAAAACAAAACCUCAGUUAAAAACAAGACCUCUGAAUUGAAGGCCAAUUUCAUUUGUCAUAAGAAACCCAGACGAUACAAGAACCCAACAACAUAAAAUGAGACCACGAGGACCAAAAUAAAAACAUAAAACAGGUACGAAAAAGAAAUGUAAUAAAAAAAGGGGGGUAGAAAGAAGAAAACAGGAUAGUAGAUAUAAAAGAGGAUAUUAAUAAUGAUAAUAAAAUAAGAAUGAUGGAGAUAUUAAUGAUAAAAUGGAAUAACAAAAAUGAGCAGGAAAAAACAAUAAAAUCAAUAAAAGGCCUAAAAGGUAAAACAAGAAAAGAUUACAAGUAAAACAAAGGCUAAAAGGACAGGAAAUAGAAAUAAGAUAGAGGUAAAAGAGAUAAAAGGGAAAAGACGGCAUCACAUAAAAGCAAGUCUGUAAAAGUGAGUUUUUAAAAUGGACUUAAAAGAAGCGACUGUCUCUGCUGUACGCCUUAUCUCCUCUGGCAGAUCGUUCCAAAGUCGAGGAUGGAGAAACCAGUUAGAUGUCAAAGACACAACAUUAAGCAAUCAAGAUUCAGCGACCCUUGUUUUCAGCCUCAGUGAGCCCUCUUUUUACCUCACUUUAAAUUAAUAUGUUUCCUUGUUUCCAGGCGUCUCAGCCUGACGAACUGACCAUCGAGGAGCAGGAAAUCCUGGAGGUCAUUGAUGAUGGAGAUAUGGAGGACUGGGUCAAGGUACACUUGAGCUUUUUUGAAUUUGUCCCCACAAACUGUGUUUUUUUUUCUGAUUUACGUUUUCAUUGAUUUUAAAUUGUUUUUGCUGAUUUAUCAGAGUUUCUUUACUGUGGGUUUGUAUUUUAAUUUGUAGGCCAGAAACCGCAGCGGACAGGUCGGCUACGUCCCAGAGAAGUACUUGCAGCUGCCUUCGUCUAACAGCUUACUCAGCAUGCUGCAGGCUCUGGCUGCACUGGAUGCUCGAUCCCACUCCUCCAGUAACUCCACUGAACCUGAAACUGAAAUACCAACAGGCUCUGUCAACGGAGACUCCAGCAGUGAGUAACGUCUCCCCUACAGAAAUGCCUGUAGAGCUGAUAAAUUUCCAUCCAUAUCCAGUUAAUUUUAAAGAUUGAUCAGCCUGUCGUUCUCUGUUUCAGUGUCGUUUGCAAAGGCGCUGUAUGACUACGCUGGACAGACGGACGACGAGCUGUCGUUUCCAGAAGGGGCCAUUAUCCGCAUCUUGAGCAGAGAGACUCACGAGGACGAUGGAUUCUGGGAGGGAGAGUUUAACGGCGUUGUUGGGGUUUUUCCUGCUGUGCUGGUUGAGGAUCUGGCUGGUGGCAGCGAGAACGGAGACGGGCAGAGAGAUAGCAGUGCACAGGUGUGUUGAUGCUCGUACACCGAGAAAUUAGAAAAAACGGAAGAAUGGAGCUCAUUUGUUUGGUUUUAUCUCUGGAUACUCAUCUGUUUUUCUUUCCUUCUGUGACAUAUCCCCCUGUUCUGUUCGCCUCGUCUUAAAACAAACACCAUUUUCUCGUGUGCAAGUUUGAUUCCGACAACAUUCCUGCACCGUGUUCCCCCUGCCACACUUUUGUAUCUGCUGCUUCGACAUGACGCACCUUCUGUUUUCCAGGCGUCUCCCUCUCCUCUGGCCCAGUGUGACCGUUCCCCUCGUAGCCCCUUCCUGCCGGGGCCUCUCCACAGCAGCCCCCUUCAGACGCCCACCAUGUCCUCUCCUCAGUCCAGUCCCUGCAGUGCCACAGCCUCUCCUAUUGGUCGACCACCUUCCUAUCACAAUGGACACCACAGGCCGCCACCAGCGCCACACAAAAGCCCCUAUCAGAGUAAGAUUUAGCGGUUUGACUUUGUGUGGGAAGUGUUAGUAAUUGGGAUGUCUGAACAAUGACAUGUAUCCUCUCCUUAGGUCCGGCGCAGGGCUCCCCGCAACCUCCAAAAUACCCGGAGAGCAGCGCCGGCACCAUCAGACCUGUGAGUAUACAGAUUUAUAUCAAGUUUUAGUCUCUUUCAUGUAGUCUUAUGUCGUAUUAGUUUUCCACAAACAUUCUCCUGUGAUUUACGUCUUUGUCUUGCUGGGUUUCUGCAGGUCCGUGCUGCUCCUCCUCCCCCUAAGCAGCACCCUCGCGGGCAGGUGAAGCGCAGAGAGGAGGUGGAGAUCACACUCGUUUAAAGGCAGCACCCUGGUGGUGAUGGCGAUGAAGAGGGAGACUCCGCUCAAACCAGCCGGGACCCGGUGGCUUCGUGCCUCUAAAAAGACUCCCCAAAGGAAACCCGAGGAACCUUAAACCCUUUGAAAACACCUGGAAGCCUAGAAAGACCCAAGGAUCUGUUCUCUUGUCUCUCACACGAACCCCUCACAGGGUCAGUGAACAAUGGAGGGAUAACGUGCCUUUCUCUUUACUAAACUUCCUCACAUGGUCAGUUUUUUUUUCACACUACCUUACUUGAGUUUUGAUCUCCCUUUAGACGGAUGAAAAAGAUUGUUUUUGUAACUUUUAUGCAAAGUUAUACACUCAUACAGUCCAGCUCUUCUACCUGGACAUGAAUCAUUUCACAGAUCUGACUGAAUAUAUAAAUAAUCUACAGACUGCCUCAUACUCAUAACUCCAAAUAUCAGUCCUCACGCUUGUUUUCUAAACUCACAGUUUCCACAUUUUGCUUGUGCUCACAGUGAUUGAUACAGUGAGAAGUGACAAUUAAACCAACCUGCCAUAGUGUGACAAACAUCUCUGCAGGAUUACUAAUAAGAGGAACUUAACUGCUGAGGCAACAAAGUUACGGUUUUAGAGAGUAACGCAAUCAAACAUUGAAAGUUUGAACAUCUUUGGAGCAUUUUCACUUGAUUUACGAGUGAAAAAGAGUAAAAGAAUGAGUCGCACAGAAACAGAAAAAAAAGAAAUGCGGAACCAUGUGUCACAGCACUUUGUUUUCAGGAAAACAUCACUCAUCUUCAAUUAGAGAAAAGCUUACUGGUUGCCCCUUUUUCUAAGUUGAAUAAAUGGGGCUGCAAAAAAAACAGUAUUAAUGUCAAGUAAUAUUCAAGUAUGUAAAACAAUCCUCCAAAAGGUGAAAAUGUCCAUCCCAAAUUCCUAAAGUCAUAGGCGGCUAAACUUAAAGGUACACUCUGUAGUUUUGAACAGAACAGACUUGAUGAGAAUUGAAAUUGAGAUUUGGUGUGCAAAAAAAAAGUGCUUUUAUAGAGUUUUUUGAUGGUAAAAGCUUGGCGCUUGAAAAAUGGAGGAUCAUACAAGUCAUGUCCUUGUAGGCCGCUGUGGCGUCUACAAUCUGACUGCUGGAUAUCACUGAAUAUUUCCGAUUCUUAACACUGUGCCUGUAAAUGGCUUGUGUCUUUGGUUCAAAACUUCAAGAUGUUCAGUUUAAGAAGAUGUUUUAACACAAAUAUAAGAAAAUAUCAGGAAAUGACUGUAUGUAGAUGCAGAAAACAGCAUUUACAGCAACUAACAGGGUUAUCAAAUCAAAAUGGACAUCCUUUCCUUUAAAUAGCUCUAAACAACCUUCAGCCUUGACUUGAGAUUAAAAGCAAAACCUCCUAACUAUGAGUUACAAAUCCAUUAUAACGUUUUGUCUAUUUUGUCUAUCAUCAUAGCAAUAAUGUUUCUCCCAAAUGUACAUUUAUACCAGAUGUUAUUAUCGUAUGUAAAUAUUCAGUCCAACCAUAUCACCCCGUUAUCCACCUGUCAUAUCUCACUUUAUCACUCACUGUGCAGCUUCGUCUCUCUUCUCUCCACUGUGGAAUUUCUUCUAUGCAACAACUUCAACACCUGGCCCAUCCUCACACAUCAUGUAGUGAAUUUUUAGCUUCAACAAGAACCAAAAGUCGAUCAAAAAAACGCCGGCACGGACGAGGCUGGUCCUCUCCUGAACACACGUAACUGCACGCAGUUACACUAACAAGGGAAAAGUGGCAAUUUUAGUCGUUAUGUCAGUAGGAAGAAUCUUCUAGAUGAGUCUUGUGGUUAAAAAAAAAAGAGAUCCUUUACCUUUGUAUUGAUAUUUUUUCAGUCCCUUCUUUUUGUGUUAACCUUUAAAUGCAGAGACAUUUCUUAAAGGGAGAAACGUAGUGCGUACAUACUUAGUCUAACUUUUGAUUUUCCUUCUCGUGUGUUCAAAGAUAAAGAUCUGAAAUAUUUACCAGUGAAGUUUACUGGUGAGAGCAGUGUUUUGUUAAGGGUUAAGUUGCAGUUGAUGACAGUUUACAUUAAGGAAAUGUGCAGUUUUAAAAAAGGAGGAAACCAUCCUGUACUACUAGCUGUGUAAUUUUAAGGAUAAAAAAUCUUAACUGUCAUAGUGAAGCACUUUUUGAUGUCUUCUUAUUCCUUUUCAGUAUUGUGGAUGAUGCUAUGUUGUUUGUUAAAUUGUUCCUGUUGGAUGUUUUCUGUACUGGUAUGAAAUAUUUUCUUUAAUCUGCUCUUUCAUUAUUUAGCCUUUGAUAGUCUUUGUAGUGUCUAUGUUUGAGAUUGAGACUUUAAUCGUAUUGAUUUACCAUUAAUAGUUUACAGAAAGCUUGGAGAUGGAUAUCUGUACAAAUAUUAGCACAGUGUUGUUGUAUUUUCCUUUUUAUUUUUUAGAAUUAGGAUUAAAAAAAUGUACAAAAACCUUAGUUCAAUUCGACCAGAGGAAAAGAGAUAUCUGUCAGCCAUGUUGCUGUGUUCUCGUUGAUCUCCCUGAGAUCUGAAUGACAUCAAACUUAUUUUUAAAGUUUGCUUUUACCCUGUUGUAUUGAUUAAAAGAAGAAGUCUGUUUUUUCCCGAUAGAGAAGUUGUUAUUAAUCUGCUGCUGGUCCUGUUUCCAUGUUAAGUCUGGAUCUGAAAUUCAGUGACAAACUGCCCUCAUUUUAAGCUCUGCAGAAGCUGCGGAGUGUCAUAUUUACACACCAGUGGAUGUUUAACUGUAUUUAUUGUGUACAAAUAAAUGUGAAAUAAAGAUAGCUUAAAUUAUACACAA